CGACACUCUCGACUGCUUUCGACAGUCGACUGGCAGUGGUCAGUAGAGACCCGUAUUGUGUGUCGUGCAAUAGCGCGAUUUGUUAUUACUUUCACGUCGUACUUAUCGGAUGAUUGCGUUUCGGAAUAAUUAGAAGAGCUAUUUGUGAGCAACCUAAUUUGGACAGAUGGGAAAAUUUCGCAUGUGAAAAAUCAAGGUGAGUUGAACGAGUUUUCUUCCGCCAGAAAUCGUCAGCAAUUACAUAGAUCGUUAGGAGUAUGUACAGCUACCAUAGUUCGUACCACAGCAACCAAAUAUCGCAGCAAUAGAAUAUUCUCAUCAUAAAAAUGUCCACAUUUGAGGAUAUGAUUGUGGAGGACAGAGGAGACUUAGCUUCAGGAGGCGAGUCAAUAGUCCGUCAUCGUAUUCCAUGGAGCGAUCGAGUUUCCUUAAACAGCGAUAUACCGGGCUUGCACGAAGUGAACGACCUAUUAGAUGACGAUGAUGCUAGUUGCCUUGGUGAGGAAGAAGAUGGUGUUGGCUGUCCUCUACCUUCUACACCAGAAGAUGACCAUCUGUUAGAUUGCGAGAUGACAGAGGUACUAAAAGCUGGGGUACUGAGCGAUGAAAUAGACCUGGGAGCUUUAGCUCAUAAUGCAGCUGAACAGGCCGAAGAAUUUGUCCGUAAAGUUUGGGAAGCAUCGUGGAAACAAUGCCAUUUCCGAAACUUGCCUAGAUGGCUGCAGGAUAAUGAUUUUCUACACGCUGGACACAGACCACCUUUGCCAUCCUUCUAUGCUUGUUUCAAGAGCAUCUUCCGUAUUCAUACUGAAACUGGCAAUAUAUGGACCCAUUUGCUAGGAUGUGUAGCAUUCAUAGGAAUAGCAAUUUUCUUUUUAACCCAACCACCCGUCGAAAUACAAUUAGAAGAAAAAUUGGUGUUUGCUGCAUUUUUUGCUGGAGCUAUAGUGUGUCUGGGAAUGUCUUUUGCCUUUCACACGGUCCACUGCCACAGUGAAUGUGUAGGAAAGUUGUUUUCAAAACUGGAUUACUGCGGCAUUGCUAUGCUGAUAAUGGGCAGUUUUGUUCCAUGGUUAUAUUACGGAUUCUACUGUGAUUAUCAACCAAAAUUGAUAUACCUAUCAGUUGUUGUUGUCCUCGGCAUUACUAGUAUCGUUGUUUCCCUUUGGGAAAAAUUCAGCGAGCCAAGUUAUAGACCACUUCGAGCAGGAGUUUUCAUGGGCUUUGGCCUCAGUGGGGUGAUACCAGCUGUUCAUUACGCCAUUGCUGAGGGCUGGUUUAAAGCGAUAAGUCAAGCAUCUCUGGGAUGGUUGAUUCUUAUGGGGUGCCUUUAUAUCUUGGGAGCCAUGUUUUACGCAUGGCGUGUCCCAGAAAGAUUUUUCCCAGGAAAAUUUGAUAUUUGGUUUCAGAGUCACCAAAUCUUCCAUGUGCUUGUUAUAGCCGCAGCGUUUGUUCAUUACCAUGGGAUAACAGAAAUGGCAAUGUAUCGAAUGACAGUUGGUGAAUGCGCUGAUCCAUCCCAAGCAAUAGUGUUUUAAUUGAUUUAUCUUUAGAGCUUUAUCGUUCGCUUUUAAUGCACGCUCGAAUAUUCAUAUGCAGUGUUUUGAAACUAUCCUAAUGAAUAUUUUUCUCUUCCUCUUAUCAUUUUCCAAUUUUCUUUUCUUGUGAACGAGCGUGUGGUGCAAAGUUUCUAAUUUAACAAGUCAAACAUUGUUUUACACUAGAUCUGGUACCUCAAAUGUUUGGUAAGAGUGCUAUUGACAUUUUCCAAUGACAAGGGAAGUCCGUUAUAUCUGAAUCAAUAUUAUUGUACAAAAUUGCACAAACUGAACAGUAUACGACGUUUUUUGCUUAUUAAUUUUUUAAAUUUCAAAGAAAUUUUACUCCCAAAUUUAUUUUUUGACGGAUGCCAUUUCGUUAUUUUGAUGUAAAUUUUGAUGAAUAAUGUUUCUCGGAAGGAUUUUUUACACAAGCCGUUUUCUCAUAAGGUGAAAUAAAUUAUCCAAAAGUACUACCGAAUAUUCUUUAUAAUACGUAGUUAUCUACAUCUUUACAGUUUUUUUAAGAUAUAAACGUUGUACCCGUUUGUGAAGAUGUGAGAAAUUUUUAUUGCUCUUUAAUAAAUGAUGUUUCCAGAUCUUUAAAACACAUUGCGUUGGCUGUCACAUACUACGGAAUAAUAUUACCGAUGAUUUGUUCCCAAAGGUUAAUCUUAAAUACCAGAGCACGGGAUUUAAGCCAUUAGUUACUUAAGUAAUCGAUUCCAUGUAAUUAACCGAAAUGUUACAAAAGAUAUCGAGCAAAAAUUGGAAUUGUUAUUCUAGGAACUAUUCUAUCCGCCUUUGGUAAUAUAGCAAUUUAGUUGAUUCUUAGUACAAUUUAGGUUUUCAUUAAGUCACUACUGCUACCAAUGUUAUGUUUCUAGUAAUAUGUGUUAUCAUUGUCAUUAUUAAGUAGAAACUGCUUAAUUUGAAUUUUUAUGAUUAUUUAAUUUUAAUUAUUGCGAUGUAGAUCAUAAUGCUGAGAUAUUAAAUUAUUAUCGAAGUUGAAAUAUUGAUGAACUAUUUUUAAAUGCUUUAAGUGGGAACUGUGGGUGAUGAAUAAUAAUAUACGACCAAUAUGAUAAUUGUUAAUUAUUGAAUUAUAUUCUACGAAAUUUUUGGACUGAUAAUAUGUAUAAAAGAUUUCAUCCCUUUCGUUGAUAACAUUAUGAGUACAAUCGUGUCUUGAAUAUUAAGAUGCAACCGGUCGACAAAGCAUAACUAACAAUUUGCUAAUAAUGGUGUAAAUCAAACUCAGAAAAAUAUAUAUUACUAACGUCCCAGAAUCGAAUACAUGUACUAUGUUUACGUCACUAAUUACAUUUUUCACCUCAGUUCUACAACAAUAGUACCACAUAUUCAUAAACGAUGAAAUGUAAGAAUACUGAAACAAAUUUUUUAUGUUUUCCAGAAAGUUUCAUGUAUCUUCCACUUGAAUAAUUCUUAUUACAAAUAUCGCUAGCUCUGCAAACAAAUUCUGGGCUCUAUUUUCUUGUAUACUUAGAAUUUUUAAUAUUUAUAACUGAAUAAAUGAUGUUGCAAAUUUUUUACACAAACGAAA